AUGCUAGUCAAGGAAGAAACCCUAGAAGACGGGUGGAUAGCUUUCCACCAAAUAGAAACCAUGCACCCGGAGAGGAUGAGGGAUAUGUUGGAAGCUAUUUUCCACAAAGACAGCACUAAGACUACAGUCUUCACAAACAAACCGAGCCCACCGGAAACAAAGAGCAGGGAAAGAAGAACAUAUGCGAUCGUGGUAGAGAACAAGGGAAACACCUACGAGGACACCUUAAAGACUGUCAAAAUGGCAUUAAAAGACAAGGUGGAAGAGGGAAUACGCAGCAUACGCAGCACCAAAGACGGAAGGUUGCUCAUCACAACAGAUAAGGAUCAGGAACUGCUAAACAAAGAUGAGGAUGAAAACUCGAAUGAAGACAUCGAAAAUAAUGAUACUGUAGAGGCAGAAGUCACUGACGAGUCGGAAGACUCUGAUGAGGACAUGAAUGACCCUCUUGCUAAAGUAUGCCCAGGAACCAGCUUCGUUAAAGCAAGCUGGCACAUCCAAAAGAGAAGUUUUAAGAUUUGCAAUUACGCAAAAUGA